GAUUGCUCAUACCCAGCCAACUCAGCCAGGUAGAUGUAUAGUGAUAACCAGACGGAAUCACUUCGAUAGCCUUGUGAGAGUAUACCAGAAUGUUUUACAGGGGCCUUUACAUGUAAUCUGAAUACUAGCCUAUGUUAAUUAAAUCUAACUGGUAGAGAAAGAAGAGGAAUCCGGAAAGACUGUUUAGUAUCUGGCUCACUUUUCUGUGUCCUAAAAUAAGAUAACUGAAACAGAAAGUCGUCAUCACAGACGUAAUUAUUACCACAUUAACCAUGGAAGAAAACCCAAUGUCUUUGAACCAGCAAAACAAUACUGUCAAUGAGAUAUCGACGGAUUCGGGUCCUGGCAGUCCAGCUAGUAGCACCAGCAGCCUCACAGAGAGCUACAACAGUACAUCUCCUGUCUCUGCAAAUCAAGCUCUCCGAAGAGUUCGUAAAAUUUCCAAGAGUCUGGCAGACAAGUGCGCUACGGAGGAGGAACUGCAGAUGUUGCGCCUUAAAAUAAACGGUAGAGAACGCAAACGAAUGCACGAUUUAAACUCUGCUUUAGACGGCUUAAGGGAGGUGAUGCCAUACGCUCACGGGCCUUCUGUAAGAAAACUGUCAAAAAUAGCAACUUUACUGUUGGCCAGGAACUACAUUCUCAUGCUGAAUAAUUCAUUGGAGGAAAUGAAGAAAUUGAUCAGUGAUGUGUACUCCUCCCAACCAAAUAGGAUGCCCAUAGCGCAUCCCGCAGUACCGCAUCCUCCUCAUGCUCACCUACCCCUGACCAUAACCCCAGGCGCGGCAUUGGCGCCCCACUCAGAACAUUUCAAGACAGCCCCUGCCACCAGUAUACCGUCAUCUGUGUCAUUACCACCGCCACCUCCUCCGUCAUUGCCAGAUAGGCAUCACACAUCUCCGUACGGACCGUGGCACGGUAUUCCUUCCGUCCCCUGUACGUGUGCACAGUGCGCCUUUGACACGGUCAGGGUUUCAUAUGCAACCAUGCUGAAUGGGAAACAUCCUCUUUCAAAACCGUGAAAAUUCAGAGGUUUUUUGACAUUUUGAUGGAUAUUUAAAACUGAUUAUUUUCAUAGUAUGUCCAACAAUUGGACUUCAAUGUCUGAUUUUGUCUGAUCAGAAAUGUUGAUGCACAUCCAGGUAAACAAUAGCUUUAUAUUCAUUGCAAGGUUGAAUGAAGGAUGCUAAAAUCGGUAAGAACGUAGCAACUGAAUGAUAGAGGGAAACAAUUCCUCUCAAAAGAUAAGUCUUUAAAACAAACUAUGCACGCUUGUUUACUAUUUUAUAUAUGCAUACAUAAAUUUAUAUUUAAUUACACUUUUGCAGAGCAUUUUUCUCUUAAUAGAUUUCUAGAAUAUUAAAAACUCAAAAUGAAGAUAUAUACGACAAUUCUCAGAUAUUAAAUUAGAUGUGAUGUUUUGCACAUGUGAUUUAAAGCUGUAGUAUACCUUAUUGGAAUUGUGUUGGUAUGUGCAAAACCUCAAAUAAA